GAGGAAGCGACCAUAGAUGCUGGAUUCCGGACUGUUGACGUGUCAAUUGAGCUCGGGAGGAGGGUUUAUUUGGCGAGUUGAAACCAGGGGAAGAAGAUUCGCAUCGAAAGAGGAAGAAGAGAUCGAAACCGAUGGCGUCCGGGAAUCAGGUGAGGGCUUCCCACAUACUGAUAAAGCACGUGGGCUCCCGACGGAAAGCUUCGUGGAAGGAUCCGGAAGGCCGCGUUAUCAUGAACACCACUAAAGAGAGCGCCAUCGCUAAGCUCGUGCAGUUCCGGGAGGACAUCCUCUCUGGAAAGGCCAAGUUCGAGGACAUCGCCUCUCGCCACUCCGAUUGCAGCUCAGCCAAGCGCGGCGGCGAUCUAGGUCCAUUUGGGCGUGGACAGAUGCAAAAGCCAUUUGAGGAUGCAACAUUUGCCCUCAAGGUUGGUGACAUAAGUGACAUAGUGGAUACGGACAGUGGUGUUCACAUCAUCCUCAGAACUGCUUAGGCUGCCAAGAUGAUGAUGAAACUCUGAUCUACUUCCUGGUUUUGCUUUGGCUUAUGGAUCUUUGCUCUCAUUUUUUGGUUUUCGUUGUCCCCCCCUGGAAGUGAUUAAGUGGUUAAUUCGAUUAUUGGGCAGUACUUACUGGUCCAUAUCGUGUUUCUUUUCCUGCCCUUUAUUAAUAUGGCAUUUCGCGGUUGCUUGCAACAGCUGUUGUUAAGAUGAACAGAGAUGUGGGUAUGGUUUGGGAUUGAUUGCAGUGCAUCAUAAUUCCACUAUUUUACAUUUUGACUGCUAGUAUGGAAUUCAAUGCCCAAUUAUGAUCCAGAUGCAUAAGUGUUUUCCGGUGGUUGGCGCUCGCGUUAAGCAUUUGCACAAUGCUCUAAACCAAACUGAAAAGUCUUUCUUUUUUGUUUGGCCUUACCUCCAAUGGAUGCAGGAUCGUCUGGUCUUUGCUUGCUGGCUUGCUGCAUCAACAAUUCAACAUCACUGUUAAUAUUUUUUAUUACUUGCCUUAAUAUAUUAUUAUUACUAGU